AUGGCGAAUUGCAAGUACGACUGUGUGACGCUCCAUAACGGGGUGCGGAUUCCGCAGCUUGGCCUGGGGGUCUGGCGGGCGGAGGACGGGGCCGAGACUGCCAAUGCUGUCCGCUGGGCGAUUGAGGCGGGCUACCGCCACAUCGACACGGCAUACUUCUACAUGAACGAAAAGGGUGUGGGGCAGGGCAUCCGUGACUCGGGGGUGCCGCGUGAGGAGGUGUGGGUAACGACAAAACUCUGGAAUUCAGACCACGGCUACGACAAGGCGCUCGCGGCGUUUGAGCGUAGCCGUGGGUUGCUGGGCCUGGAGUACAUUGACCUCUUCCUAAUCCACUGGCCGGGGAAGAGGAAGUUUGUCGAGACGUGGAAGGCGCUGGAGAAGCUCUAUGAAGAUAAAAAGGUGCGGGCAAUUGGCGUCUGCAACUUUGAACCACACCACCUCACUGAGCUCUUCCAGGACUGCAAGAUCCGGCCGAUGGUGAACCAGGUGGAGCUCCACCCGCAGCUUCAGCAGCACGCCGUGCGGGACUUCUGCAGGCGGCACAACAUUGCCGUCAUCGCCUGGUCGCCGCUUGGCAAGGGAGCCCGGAGCGGCAUCCUGCAGAACCCCCUGCUAGGGGAGAUAGCCAAGAGAUACAGUAAAUCCCCGGCGCAGGUCAUCAUCCGCUGGGAUCUUCAGCAUGGCAUUGUGGCAAUCCCCAAGUCGACGCACCAGGGCCGCAUUAAGGAAAACUUUAACGUUUGGGACUUCAGACUUAGUGAGGAGGAAAUGCGUCAAAUCGAUAGCCUCAAUGAGGAUAAGCGCCUUGGUGGGCACCCCGAUGAAUUUUUCCCCGAUGGAGAAGAAUGA